CAGUGCCAGGAGAGAGCCUGUGCAUCUGGGGCAAUCAGAGCAAAGAGCGGACUACUUCCAGGAGCUUGGCGUGGGAGGAAUUCUUCGGCAAACAAUUGCGCUGUACUAUUGUUGUUGUGGAUGCAAUAAAGGUUGUCCAAGUGUCUUGUUGAGUGCCUUUCCUUGCUCGGUCUGGAGGAGUUGUGCUUUGAUGCUUUCUUUUCACUGUGCUGAUGAUCUUUUCUUUGUUCCAUAGCAUUGAACAGACGGGUUGAUUAUUCUUUUCAGAUAUUAAUAAAGCAGCGGAAAGAAGAAAUAUGAAUAAGCCUCCCGCCAGGUCCAGCCCAGCACGAAGAGAGAACUAUGGCUACGGAGAGAGAGAAGCCCGACGCGAUCGCUCUCCCGUGCGGGGCAGUCCACGGAGAGAGCCACGAGAUGGCAGGAAUGGCAGAGAUUCCAGGGAUGCGCGGGAUCUUCGGGGCAGAGAGAUGCGUGAUACCAGAGACCACAGAGACUUCCGAGACCCCCGAGAUCUUAGAGACCCCAGGGACCUGAGGGAUCCUCGGGAUGUGAGAGAUCCCCGAGAGCCACUCUAUGACCGCUACCGGGAUGGUCGGGAGCCCCCCUACAGGCGAGAGGAGGGCUACGACCGCUAUGUGCGCGGCGAGGACUGUUACCGGCGGAGGGACGAUGCCUACUAUGACCGCUACCGUGACCAGUUAGACAGGGCCCCUCUGAGUGCUGAAGAGCGCAUGAAGCGAGAGGAGCGGCGCCGGGAGGAGCUGUAUCGCCAGUUCUUUGAGGACAUCAAGCGGCGCAUUGAUGCGGAGCGGCCUGUGGACUGUUCUGUGGUUGUGGUCAACAAACAGACCAAGGAGUACGCGGAGUCCGUGGGCCGGAAAGUGCGCGACCUUGGCAUGAUGGUGGACCUGAUUUUCCUCAACUCGGAGAUGUCUUUGCAGCAGGCUCUGGACGACGUGAGCCGCGGGGGGUCCCCUUUUGCCAUCGUCAUCACCCAGCAGCACCAAGCCCACCACUCCUGCACGGUCAACAUUAUGUUCGGCACCCCUCAAGAGCACCGAAACAUGCCCCAGGCCGACGCCAUGGUCCUGGUGGCCAGGAACUAUGAGCGCUACAAAACAGAGAUCCGGGAGAAGGAGCGUGAAGAGAUUGCGCGGCAAGCUGCCAAGAUGGCUGACGAAACUAUUCUGCAGGAGCGAGAGCGCCCCUCGGGGGGUGAGGAGGGGGCCCGAGCGGGCCAUCCGCCAGGCAUCCAGAGUCUCCUGAACUUGUUGGCGGAUAAUCGUUACUUGACAGCAGAAGAGACCGACAAGAUCAUCAACUACCUGCGGGAGCGCAAGGAACGGCAGCUGCGAGGCAGUGGGGACGCUCUUCCUUCUUCACUUUCCCGACAAGCCCUUGGGGCGUCUUCAGGAUCCUCGCUGGCCACCUCAGCCAACCUGCCAAGCUCCCAGAGCAGCCAGCCUCUGGCACAGCCUGCCUCGGCCCCGGCAUCUUCUAACCCCCAGCAGGAGCUGCAGGCCAAGAUCCUCAGUCUUUUCAACAGCGGGGCAGCUGCCGCUGCCGUUGCCGCCGUUACCAACAGCAGUUCUCCCGUGGGGGGCUCCCCGAGUCAGAGCUUCCCCUCCGGUUCCACCACGCAGGGCCGGGCGGUGCCGCUGAGCUCCACUGGCUUAGGCCAGUCCCAGCAGCGGGCUCCAGGCCAGGGCCCCCAGUUCCCCAGCCACCCCGGCCCUGCCAGGAACGUGGGCCCAAGAGCUGCACCCCCACAGCAAUCCCAGCCGCUGUACCAGAACCGGCCCCCUGCCCCGAGCAAUGCUGCAGCUCCGCGGGCAGCCCCUUCCUCCGGGAUCAACUUCGACAAUCCCAGUGUGCAGAAGGCCCUCGACACCCUGAUCCAGAGCGGCCCUGCCCUCUCCCACCUGGUGAGCCAGACGGUGGGCCAGCUGCGGGCGCCUCCUGCCCAGCAGCCCAUGGGCUCCUACCAGCGGCAUUACUAAUGCCAGAGCAGGCGCUCUCCUGGCGGCAUUCCCAACACCCUUCACUGUGCAUGUUACACACACACACACACACACACAGCCAGCCCUGGAGGGGGGAGCUGGAGAAGGGGAUCUUGGAGGUGUGCUCUCCUCCCAUGGCUGCUGCUGGGCCCCUGCCUUCUCCAGGUCCUGCCUCAACGGCCUGGUGCUGUUGGCAUCAGACUGUGGCUCCAGAGGGGGCUGCUCGGCUGUUGUCAUCUCUGCUGUCUAGAUCCCUCAAGGGGCUGUGCUGGCUUAGUCUUGGGCGGAGGUCUCCCCUUGUCCUUAGGGAGCCUGCCCCACACAACGGUUGAGCUGCUUCCUGUGCGGUCUGGGGCCUCUCGAGCCCCCCCCCAUCCCCCCCCUUUGAUUCGAUCUGAUGUUGUGGAACGGAGAGUUGGCUUUGCUUGGGGGUCCGGUGGCCAUUUGUAGACAGUCCAGGCCACUCUUGUGGAGGGGGGCGGGGGGGGGCAUGCCGGUUAGCCUCGUUCCUUGAGCUGUAGAUGUUUUGUUCCUGAAUGGUGUUGCCAGUUAGGUUACUCUGUGCUGUUAACAAGAGGACAUAACUUUUUUUUUUUAAAUAAAGAAAAUAUUUUAAAAAA